CGAGUACUUUUAGCUGUCACUUGCAUUGCAAUACAUGCCGCAGCCAACUUCAAGUCGUUGAAUAUAUUGGGAGUGACUAAGUCUAAUGUACAAAGUGUGAGAGCAAAAUACACGAAAGAAAAACGCAUAAAGAAACGGCGGCGCGCAAGGAUUAUUGGAUUUUACAUUACACGGACACACACACAGACACCCCAAUCGGUUGGAGCAGGAGGAGCAAAACAAUAAAAACACAACAAAAAUGGGUGCAAGGGAAGACGAAUACGAUUAUCUUUUCAAAGUUGUGCUUAUCGGUGACUCUGGCGUAGGCAAAAGUAAUUUGCUGUCACGUUUCACGCGCAAUGAAUUCAAUUUGGAGUCCAAGUCGACAAUUGGCGUUGAGUUUGCCACACGCAGCAUAGAGGUCGAUGGCAAAACAAUUAAGGCGCAAAUCUGGGAUACGGCCGGUCAGGAGCGUUAUCGGGCCAUCACCUCUGCCUACUAUCGCGGUGCUGUGGGCGCACUGCUUGUCUAUGACAUUGCCAAGCAUUUGACGUACGAGAAUGUGGAGCGAUGGCUGCGGGAGCUGCGCGACCAUGCCGAUCAGAAUAUUGUCAUAAUGCUGGUAGGCAAUAAGUCCGAUUUGCGGCACUUGCGUUCGGUGCCAACGGAUGAGGCGAAACUGUUUGCGGAGCGCAAUGGUUUGAGUUUCAUAGAAACAUCAGCUCUCGAUUCGACGAACGUUGAAACCGCAUUCCAAAAUAUACUCACAGAGAUCUAUCGUAUUGUAUCGCAGAAACAAAUCAGAGAUCCGCCUGAAGGCGACGUCAUUCGUCCCUCUAAUGUGGAGCCCAUCGACGUAAAGCCGACUGUUACAGCUGAUGUACGCAAACAGUGCUGUCAGUGACCGCCAGAAGCAUUCGCCGCAGCAACAGAAGCUGCAGCAGCAGCAGCAGCCCCCCGCAACAACAGCCAGAACAGCAUCAGCAAUAGCAGCAACAACAACAACAAUUACAACUUCAACUACAACAGCGGCAUAAGAUGUUAUUUUUUAAACCACAGCCACAAGCAAUUUGUCAUAUAUGCAUGAAAUCAACAACAACAACAAUAACAACAACAGCAGCAGCAACAAACACCAGCAGCAACCGCAACAUCAACAUCCGGCUGUAGUUAACUGCAGUUUAAACUGAAGUUUUAUAUAUGUAUGCAUAUAAAUAAUAAUAAAUCGCAUAAAGCUUCAAUGCGUCUUUCGACGUCUGAGGAAUAAAUAAACGAUAACACUAAAACACUCCAAAAUUCAGUUUAAGCUGUAGCUGUAACUAUAAUUUAUAUAAAUAUACAUAAAUGCUAAUAUUAAAAAUAUUAAUAUUAUUAAUUUUCGCAACAUAAAUACAUAGUUGUAAUUUUCAAAGAAAAACAAACAUAAAAUGAAAUCAACAAUAUUUGCUAUGUACGUUCAAUUAGCCGCCGCAUUGUUUUCUAGCAUAUUAGACAUUUUUAAUAUACGAUUAAUGAAGAGAAGUGGCCCUGUUUUGUUAUUGCAUAUAAAUUAAAUUCCAUCAUCAUCUAUUUGGCAAGAGUCGAAGCUGCUUGCUCUUCACGUUGCAAAAUCACUUUUGUUAUUUUAAUACAUAUUUUUUACGUCUGAAAUACAAGUGGAACCUAAACCUUUAAACUGCUGUUAGUUUAAGCAAAGAAUCUAAAAAUCAUUAUCGGAAUUCUCCUCUUUUAUCAAAUUUUGAGUACUGGCCACUACAGGAUUUCUUUAAAACUAGCUGAUAAAAUGAACAGUUGUAAAACUUUAAAUACAGCAACGGCAACAUAAACAAAAACAAAACUAAA